AUGGGGAAUGACGGAGGAAGCAUUCCUACACGACGCGAGCUCGUCAAGGAGGCCGCUCGAAAUCCUACCGCGACAGAACUGAAAGAGAAGCAAAAAGAGCACCUGGCUCAUCGAUGGUCUACAUGCCCUGUCUCUCUCAAACCGCUCAUUAAGCCUGUGGUCUCCGAUUACUCGGGCGAUCUAUACAACAAAGACGCCAUCAUACAAUUUCUGCUGCCUAUCGAAGCAAGUUCUGUGGAUAAAGAGGAGUACGAGAAGUUUAUCCAAGGACGAAUCAAGAGUCUAAAGGAUGUUGUCGAAGUGCUUUUUGAGACCGAAUAUGACGAAAAGACCCGAUCGGAGAGAUGGAUCUGCCCUGUUACCUCAAAACCACUGGGGCCGAACGUGCAGGCAGUCUAUCUCGUCCCUUGCGGCCAUGCUUUCUCCCACGAAGCAAUCAAGGAGAUGAAGAGCGAGGGGAAAUGUGUACAGUGUGCGACACCAUACGAAGAGCGAGACGUCAUCCCUAUCCUGCCCAGCACGGAGAAAGACAAGGCAUCCGUGAUGGAACGGAUCGAGACUUUGAGAUCUCUCGGUCUCACCCACUCUCUCAAGAAAGCCAGCGGAAGCAAGAAGCGCAAAGCGAACGGUGACAGCAAAAUUGAAUCCGUCGCAAAUGGUCCGGACAUGCACGACAAGAAGGCGAACGAGGAACCCAAGUCAGUCGCAGGCAACAUGUCCCGGUCAGCUACGCCUCAGUCUGGUGCUUCCACUCCGAAACCGUCGAGCGGCAUUAAAAAUGCAGCAACCGCCAGUCUUACUGCCCGAGUGCUCGAGGAAGAAGAAGCCAGGAAAAAGAGACGACGUGAGAAUGAUAAUAUCAGUUCUUUGUACACAAAGAAGUCAGAUGACAAGGUGAUGAAUAAGGGCGACUUCAUGACACGGGGCUACAGCAUUCCUGCAAAUGCUCGACAUUGA